GGUGCGCAUUAAGUUUGUGUUAGCGAGCGCGCGCCCCGUUACUCCGGCUGUCGGUAAUAACCGAAUGACCUUUUCCUCCUCGUGUAAUGUCUCACUGGUGAGGGAUUGGGUUUGAAGAUAAUAAAGCUAGGCUUCACUAUUCCUCGUUCCUCACUCACUGAUGGGCAAGUUGUUGUGAGCCUUCUCAGAAUACUCAAUACAUGACGGCUCGCGCGAGAACACCUGUAGCUUUUGGUGCGAACAACUACUCGUAGAUGAUCCAUGUGGACCUCAUUAUUUUUAACCUGAAGAUCACUCUUAUCCGCGGUGCAAUGUCAGAUUCGUGAACUUUUGCUCCGAGGAAUAUUGAGUUGGAGUCGGUGCUCUAUCCUAACUUAACCUUCUGCGUAACUUGGUCAAGUAGGUAUACAAAUGCUCUCCGUCCAGCCGGACACCAAGCCAAAGGGCUGUGCCGGCUGCAACCGGAAAAUCAAGGACCGCUACCUGCUGAAGGCCCUGGACAAGUACUGGCACGAAGACUGCCUCAAGUGCGCUUGCUGCGACUGCCGACUCGGCGAGGUGGGAUCCACGCUGUACACCAAAGCCAACCUCAUCCUCUGUCGGAGGGACUACCUACGGUUGUUCGGUGUGACGGGAAACUGUGCGGCUUGCAGUAAACUCAUCCCAGCGUUUGAGAUGGUCAUGAGAGCCAAGGAGAACGUCUAUCAUCUGGACUGCUUCGCCUGCCAGCUGUGCAACCAGAGGUUCUGCGUCGGAGACAAGUUUUUCCUGAAGAACAACAUGAUCCUGUGCCAGACAGACUACGAGGAGGGACUGAUGAAGGAGGGCUACGCGCCGCAGGUCCGCUGACCGUCCCGCGACUUCACCGCUUCCAGGAGGACCUGAAGGGGGCAUGCAAUCAGACACACAAAGCACUAGUGCCCUCUCCAGCCCCUGUCAUCCCCCCAUCACGUUGUAUAUACGAAGAGAAAGGGACGGUGUACUGUACAGAUUAGCCAUAGAGACGUUUUUUUUGUAAGUCAGAAGAACAUUCGAAGACGGACCAAGACUGUGGUUCUAAUUUAACGACAAUGCCUGACGGCCUUAUGAAGACCAGACUUUUGUGAACACAAACACACAACUCCCCCCCACAUUGCCAUUAACAGGGUGAAGAUUAUGUAGUUAAUACUAAAAUUGAUCAUAAGAUCUCAGGUUCAAUGGGUUUUCUCAUUGUCCGUAGUGAUUUCUUUCGUCUCCAUUGCAUCUGAACUGGGAUUUGGAGUAAUUACGAACAGCCUAUCAGAUGAUGUUCGAUAAUUAAUGUACAGUUAUGAGAACCAAUGAGAUUUCGCAGUGGGUGGAGCUACUCAAAAAGCUUUUGGCCUUCGACAUCUUCAACAAGCGGUGAGAUUUCAUUGGUGACAUUAUGACUUUUUUUAUACUUAAAAAGAGCCGAUGCGAACAUUUGUGUAAUGGGGUUUGGGAAACUAUGAGUUAGUUUCUUCACUGUAUUUAUUUAAUCGGCUUUUCGUCAUUGCGUGUACUUCAAGGCUCGUCCCUGACAUGUUUAUACCUGAAGCUUUUUCAAGCAUCUCCUCCAGACGUGACGAACACCACCUCGUAUUUGUCUUUCGUUGUUUUUGAGCGGCACAUUUUGAUCAGAACCCUGUUUAAACACAAUCAGGUCGCAUUACUGGAGAAUACCUGGUCGGAGGAUUUGCCUUUUACCGGGUUUUGUUUACGAUCGACUUUCAAGCGCAAAUCACUACUGUAGCCUACAAUGUUGAUAAUCCUUUUAUGGGCUACGAUUACCUUUGGGAACCGAGGGAAUAUAGCCUAGAGAAAAUAUGAUGACAGACUUCAUUUGUAUAUGGUGGUUGUACAUAUUUAAAAACAAAAAAUAUUCCUUUUUGCUUGCUAUUGUAUAUGGAUUUUCUUUUUAUGUGUUAUUCAGCAUGAGAUGUUUAUUUUUAGGACGUGUACAUACUGUACUGUAAUCAUUUUAAGCACAAAUGUAAUACAGUUUUAUUGUGUUAGCA